GAUUUCUAACAGAUACGCGAUUUCCUGCCCACCACUAGUUUCAUGGUUUCUUGGUUUGAAAUGAUGUGUAGGGGCGGAAAACAAGUUAUGAUUUAGUGAGUGCUAAUAAAUUCAUAAUAUAGUCAAUAAACUAAUCUGUAACUCACAAGUGCAUGAAUUAAGGCACUUAUGAAGAAAAACGUGCUGUGGUGAUUUACACAGUCAUGUUUAGAGACAGAAGAUUGACAAAUGGACCAGCAGGAAGAGGCAGAGGAGUGUUUCGACCUUCAGGCUUAAAACCCCGAGGUGCAAGAGGUGGCGGACACUUGUCUUCAGGAAGAGUAGUGAAGAAGGCCCAAGCAACGAGAGCUGUAUCACCUCGGAAGAAAUUAGAGUCUCUCAAACUGAAACUAGCUGCUAAAGGAAUACAAUACGAUGCAAGUUAUAUGCAGAGACAAAGACAAAAGCAGCUACGGAAAGAUGAGAAUUUGUCAGCUGAUGCAGAAGAUGUGGUAUUGUACAAACAGAAGAUGUCAGUAACGCCAGAUCCUGAGCGGAAGUGUACUGAAAAUGAAAUAGAGAAAAUUCAAGAUGUACUUAUAGAUGCUCUCGAACCUCUAGAGGAUGGCUGUUUUCCACAGUUUUAUGGUACGUACAUAGUGAAGGGCGUGCUCAUCAUGUCGUGUGCCAACGAACAGACAAAACGGUGGCUAGAGAGGAUUGUACCCCAGUUGGAGCCGUGGGAGAGCGGAAAGCUCUGCGCAAAGCCUAGAGGAGAGGUCUCACAGGGGACGAAGGUGCUACUCAAGACACCAAAAUUGUUUGCCAAGACUGACCCCAAAAAGAUCUUGCAGAUGCUCAGCACUCAAAACAAGACCCUCGAGACCAACAUGUGGAAGAACGUCAGUGCGAAAUCGGAAGAUUCGGGCCAGACUCUGGUCUACGUAAUCGACAACCAGAGUCUCGAAGCCAUCCGGGCCUUGAACAAUAAAGUGUACCUCGGAUUAGGCAAUGUCGAGUUAGUUAUCUUGAAUGAUGAGGAGGAUAGCAAGCAGGCCUCUGCAGAUACAGAAAUCGAAAAUGAGGAAGAUGACAAGCAGACCUCUGCAGAUACAGAGAUGAAAGAUCAGGAUGAUGAUGACAAGCAAACUUCUGCCGAUACAGAGAUGAAAGAUCAGGAGGAUGACGAGCAGCCCUCCGUAGACACAGAAAUGAGUAAUGAGGAGGAGAAUGACGAGCAGACCACUGCAGAUACAGAAAUGAAAAAUCAUGAGGAGGAUGACAAGCAGACGUCUGUAGGUACAGAAAUAAGAAAUGUGGACAGUGCUGACAAGCAGACCUCGUAGAUACAGGUGUUGCUCACACAGAAAGAGUGAAGUUCAUACAUAAGGAAGAGAUGCAGAGAGAGAGAGAGAGAGAGAGAGAGAGAGAGAGAAAGAGAGAGAGAGGG